GCCGAAGCCGCCUGAUGGAAACCCUCCAGGAGUGGCAAUACCUCCAAACGCUGCAUGCGUGGCGCCGCCCUGCCCUCCUGGUGCCUGGGGGCCUUGCGGGAAUGGCGCUGUUGCCGUUCCCGACUUGCCAAAGCCUGGCCCUGCCGCCGUGUUACUCACACCGAAUCCCCCGGCAUGGCCGCCAAACCCCGACUGCUGUCCAAAGGGCCCGCCGAAGUUGUUGUGUCCAGCGAGGCCUCCUCCCGCCGCACCGAAGCCACUCAUUUUCUAUUUUCCCCUCCGCCUCGCUUGUCCCACCGGCCGCGGUUGCUCAGUAA